CAUGCAGCAACCUGACGGCAACCUUGAGCUACCUCCAGGGUUCCGGUUCCACCCUAGUGACGAGGAGAUCAUCACCUUCUAUCUCACUCCCAAGGUGCUACAGAGGAGCUUCACAUGCGUCGCCAUUGGAGAGGUCAACCUCAAUAGAACCGAGCCAUGGGAACUCCCGGUAAAGGCGAAGAUGGGAAGAGAAAAGGAAUGGUACUUCUUUUAUCAGAAGGACCGCAAGUACCCGACAGGGAUGAGGGCAAAUCGGGCCACAGAGGCGGGCUAUUGGAAGGCCACCGGUAAGGAUAAGGAGAUAUACGGGACCAAAGUAGGUGUACCACUACCGGUGCUCAUUGGCAUGAAGAAGACACUUGUCUUCUACAAGGGACGAGCUCCUAGGGGCGAAAAAACCAACUGGGUCAUGCACGAGUUUAGGCUCCAACAUAGCAGCAAGCUCCCCUGCCCCACAUCAAGCUCAAACUCCGAUGCCACCAUGGAAUCUCCGCUUCUUUCCAAGGAUGAUUGGGUGGUCUGUCGUGUGUUCCACAAGAACACAGGGAUCAAGAAGGCAUCUGUGCCUACGCCAUCAUUGUACGACAUGGCUAUGACUAGUGGUGGGAUGGAACAAAGUAGCAUCACCAUGCCCAUGCCGAUGCAAUUUCCCAUCCCACCGGCAUUCACCAUGGACCCUGUAGCAUCGUACUACUCCACCGCUGGAGCGAGCUCCUCAUCGGUGCCACCACUGAUGCCACCUAUGGCAGGCAUGGGCAGUGCUGGGCUUCAAAUGAAUGACACGUUGUUUGGGGACCCGAUGGCCCAUCUGCCGCCAAUGUCCUUCUACCAUCAGAUGGGCGUGGGAGCAUUAGGUGCUGCCAGCUUCAUGGCUACACCGCCUUCGCUACCAAUGGUGUCACAGAAGGACGUUGGGCUGAACAACCCCGACCAUGUCAACACCGUUGAGUUAUCAUCGACGGUGUCCACAGCACCGGAAUCCAUGGCAACCAUGGAUGAUGUGGAUGGCCUUUGGAAGCAGGUACUAAAGAAGUGAGAGGGAAACAAAGAUGAUUGCAUAAAUAUAGUAUAUCUAUAGCUGCAUUGCAUCCAUCUUGUGAAAUAAUGCAUGGUUUGUAUAUGUUUUUCAGUAACCAUCUAAGCUAUUUAUGAGUAUAGGCAUAUACUAGUAUAUCAACCGUAUCAUUACAUGUGUGAAUAUAUGUGUUUGUUCUUCAUGAUUUAGGGGCAUGUGUGUAUAUGUGUUUGUAUAUUUCCGGAAGAUAUUUAAGCUAUAUGUUGAAGGUUGUUUUGUAAUAGGAAGAUUGGAGUUUGUAU